AUCCAACUAGAGUGUGCCAUGCCCACGGUUUUCAACAGAAACCCAACGAUCUGCUAAUAAAUGGAACUGCUAGUUGCUAGCGAGGCCAUCAAUACGCAUUUUGUUUUCUGUUUAUUUAACUAGCGGCUGUGUUUUCAUGGGAAAUGUAUUAGCAAGCUAACGUCAGAUAGCGCGAUAACUGCGCCAAAAAUGAUGCGAGAUUCAAUCGAAUGUUGCACUGCUAGCUAGUCAGCCAAAACUGACUGGGGAAUGGUCAUUGCUCAGUUUGCCAGCAUCACAGCUCUGACACAUCACGAAGCCGUUCAGCUAUCGAGACAUAACGCUGGAAACUAGCUAGCGUUUAGUUGGAUAGAAAAAGGAGGACGAGCAUUUGCUGGGAAGUGGUGACUGUGCCAUUGCAAGACUGGCCAUAUGGAUGCGUUGCCUUUGUGUGCAUUUUAUUGACAAUUGUGGCUUGGCUCUAGCUAGGGGGCGGACAGGGCUGAGAAGGCGGACAGUUGGCUACGUUAGCUAACUAGCUUGUUGGAUGUCGCGACAGUGCAGUUAGCCCCGUUCGUUGUGUCAGGCCAAGGACCAGGGGACGCACGAACCCAAGUCAGUGAACAGGGAGUAUCGCAAUCAAGGCGGGUAAUAGGGAUAGUUAGCUAGCUAGCUAGUUGUCCAACUAGCUAGCUAACGUGAGAAAUCUAAACAAGGCUUGAAGCGCGCAUCAACGGAGAGAGGCCCUCAACACACCCCCUCGCACCGACACUGCCCCCUCUUCACCGAUCCUCCCGUGAUUUGCUGAGAUCUGUACACGGGUGAAGUCGGACAGUUCUCGGUUGGGGACAACUUGACAGCGAGGCCCCUAGCUCCCCUCCCCCAUCCAAGACCCCUCAGUCCACCUCCUCGCCAGACAUUAGAAGCGAGGAUCGGGAUAUUAGAUACCUAGCUAAAGUUAACCCAACCAGCUAGUGCAUUCUAACCCGCGGGCUGCCAAAACCAGGAGGGAUGACUUUGGAGUCGAUGAUGGCUUGCUGCCUGAGCGAAGAGGCGAAGGAAUCGAAACGAAUCAAUGCGGAGAUAGACAAACAACUCCGGCGAGACAAGCGGGACUCGAGGAGAGAACUGAAAUUGCUCCUUCUCGGUACAGGAGAGAGUGGGAAGAGUACAUUCAUCAAGCAGAUGAGGAUCAUCCACGGGGCGGGCUACACAGAGGAGGACAAGAGGGGUUUCAUCAGGCUGGUGUACCAGAACAUCUUCACCUCCAUGCAGUCUAUGAUCAAAGCCACAGAGAACCUCAAGAUCCCCUUCAAAUACGAACAGAAUCGGUCUAAUGCCAUGUUAGUGAAGGAGGUGGACAUAGAGAAGAUCUGUGGUUUCGACCAGCCCUACAUCAGCGCCAUCAAGACCCUGUGGGCCGACCCUGGGAUACAGGAGGCCUACGACAGACGCAGGGAAUACCAGCUAUCAGACUCCACUAAAUACUAUCUAACUGAUCUGGACCGUAUCUCAGACAACAACUAUCUGCCCACACAGCAAGAUGUUCUGAGGGUGCGAAUCCCCACCACCGGCAUCAUAGAGUACCCCUUCGACUUGUCAAGCAUCAUUUUCAGGUAGACAAUGCUAGCGUGCUAACUUUAGCCUAGCAGACACGUCAUAGUCAGGUGGAGUUGCUAACAUUAGCCUAGCAAAUACAUAAUUUUCAGGUAGACAAUGCUAACGUGCUAACAUGAGCCUAGCAAAAGCAUCAGUCAGGUGGCGCAACUAACGUCAGCAUCCUUUUCAAGUAGAAGAGGCUAAGGUGCUAACAUUAGCCUAGCAAAUGCAUCAUUCAGGAAGGGGAUGCUAGCAUCAGCAUCAGUGCCCUUGUGCAGUCAUGGUAACCAGUGAAUCAUCCCUUGGCCCUGCUCCAUUACUUCUUAAAAUGCAUCCUCCUUUUCUCAAAGUAAUCAUCACCGCUUUGGCAUGAGAGCAUAGGUGAAAGUUAGAGUCCCACAUUAAGCUUUCACCAAUCCAGUCAUGUCAUUAAUUAGUGGUUACAUUAAAUUAAGGAAGGAUACAUUUAUCAGUAUUUGGAUAGGGCAUACCGAUGUGUGCGUGUACAUCUUGCAUGUCAUACGCUCUGGUUGUUCCAUAACUAUCAUUGAACUCCUCAAUCAGCAGUGGACAGAGCUGUGUUUUAUUGUAGGCUUGAUCUCCACCAUUGAUCUCUCUCUCACACACACACCCAACCUCCUCCACUCAUACACUCACACACAUCCUCGUGAGUCCAAAGUCAUACAUUCUGGCGCCUGUCUUUUUAAAAUGGGUCACCCUCUUUCUCCUCUCCUCCCCUCUGUUCAUCCUGGCAGAGGAAAGGAGGUCGUCCUCUCUCUCUCUCCCAGUGAAGGAUGUUAUUUCGGGCCUGGGGUCCUGCAGGGCUCUGAUUGGCUCUUGGUCUCUGUGGACUGCAGUACCCCAUGCUACAGCAGGAGGGCGUUUCAUCACAAAUUAAAUCACAUACAUUCACUUCUGGAAAAACGAAAAGAAAAUAACCCCAAUCUGUUUAAUUCAAAGACAGGACUAUGCAAAUCUAGGCCUCAAAGACCAUAGUACUGCUGGUUGCCGUUUCCCUGGAUGUUAAAUCAUUGAUUAAGAUCACUGACGUAGAACAAGUCUCACCUGGUCUGAAUCAGUUCCUGGUACAUAAUGUAACUUUAUCAGACAGACUAACAUUUUACAUGACUUACCUUUACUUCUACUUGAAAUGUUUAACACAGAAGAACACUUAACAAAACCUAAAAGACAACCUAGGAGGACAGUGGCAAAGAGAAACGGAAGGAAGAAACCUUGACAUGCACACACUCUCACACACACUCCAGUCAGAACUCCUCGGAGGACACACUCCUGUCGUUCACCCAGCAAAGGAAUCCCGCCAUCAGAGGUGCCUUCUGUAUCCCUCCAUCUUCUUCCCUUUUGUAUUCUCAUCUGCUCCUCUUUCUCUG